AUGGGCUCCCACGUCUGCUUUUUCUACGGUAAGUCCACCCCACCCCACUUCACACCACAUAUACCAAAGCUCACAAACCCAGGAACACUAAUGGCCCCCCAAAUCCUAUACCGCGUCAUCUACGGCCGCGUCGACCCAGAGCCCUGGCAAAAAGAGCUCCUGACAUUCCAACCCGCAAUCUUACACGGGUUCAAGCGCCAUCGUGUCCGGAAUCAUAGUUAUCCCGCCAUCAUUGCGGAAUCAGGGACUACCGCUUCUGACUCUGUAUCUACGGCACAAGAUGUCAAUGCCAACGCCAAUGCCAGUGCCAAUGCCAAUGCUGCAUCUGUGCUGGGGACUCUAGUCUCUGGUCUUACGGAUGGAGAUAUUUACCGACUAGAUCUUUUCGAGGGAGAUCCGUAUUCGAAGGUGGAGGUUAGUGUUCGGACGUUGCGGAGGGAUGGGAAUGAGAGUGGGCAGGGUAGUUUGUCGGAUGUACUUGAUGGUGUGGUGGGGAGUGUCGAUGUGCAAGGGGGAAAGGAGGUUGUUGCUGUUACUUAUGUGUGGAUUGCUGGGGAGGAAUUGCUUGAGGGGAAGGAGUGGGAUCUUGAGACGUUUAAGAGGGAGAAGAUGGCGAAGUGGAUUGCGGAUGAGAGUAUGUGGUAA